CGGAUUUUAAUCGACCAUUUAGGAGCAUUGGUCGAAAAUGUGCUUUUAUAUGGUUCCAAAACAAGCAGCAUUUGCAUUGCUUCCCUCGCAACGCUGAAAUAGCUAAACGCUGGCUAUAGAAGAGUUGGGCUGACCAUCAAGUCACCGAUAACACCGGCUUGUUUGUGUGCAACGAGCAUUUAACGAAGGAGAGCUUCCCGAAUUAUGAACAGAUGAAAAUGGGCUUUCUCAAGAAACAUAACCUGCGUUUAAAAGAGGAAACGGUGACGAUGGGCUUGGUAAAGCUUUAAUUGGAAAAAGGAUUACUUGAGCAACAAAAGGAUAGAGAUGCCUCCGAGGAUAGCAAGACGUUGUGCAGUGCCAAGCUGUGGGAAAACACAGUCUUUGCAUUGCCUUCCUUGUGAUCCUAACAUUAGGAAAGAGUGGAUGAAUUUUAUUUUGGAUGCCGUUCCAGAUCACGUCAAUAAGACACUGUUUAUUUGUUCGCUUCAUUUUACUGCGGAUUCAUUUUCAAACAAGUCACAGUUUGAUGCAGGCUUUUCAGAGAGACUGAAAAUUAAAAAUGAUGCAGUGCCGUCUAUAUUGGAACCGACAGUAAUGUCGCAACACACAAGUCCCAAGACAAGUCGUGAAAUGGGUUGCCAGACGGAGGAGCCCAACACCAGAGAUGGAGAAUGCCAAACCAUCCAAGACUUAAAGCAGCGUGGCUGGAAAGUAGAACCAAAGAUUGAAACCCCAGAACAGUCAGCCAAACAGCAGGAAAUGGCUGCCUUGGACGUGGACAGCAGUCAGAGCGACUUUCUGCAGCCGGCCAGCGGCGCUCAUGACCAGCAGACCACAGACCUCACGGCCAUCCAGUUGACUGGCUCCUCUGAUCGCUGGGAGGUUCUCACGUCUGUGGGCUCAGUGAAAGACGAGCCAGCAGUAGUGCAGGUACCCAGCGGAGGACUUCUGGGCAGCAACGGGCAGUAUGUGGUGCCACUACAGACUAUGACAGGGCAGACCCAGCCCGUUUUUGUAACUGCGGGGGUAGAUGGCACUGGUGCCAAUGGGGUGCAGUAUCAGGUCAUCCCUCAGCUGCAGGGGACAGAUGGGGCAUCACUAAGCUAUGCUGCACCCACUGCAGAUGGAAGCACGCUGGGUACUGACAUUACUAUCCUUCCGGAUGGGACGCAGGGCAUUGCUACAGCAACCAAUGCUAAUGACCUCCAGGGCCUACUGAGUCAAAGUGGGCACAUGCAGCAGAUUCCCACCAUCUCACUGGCUGGCUCGGGGUUUGGCGCACAGGGCCAGGUUGUUGCUAAUGUAGGGCUGCCGGGCAACAUCACGCUAGUGCCGAUAAAUAGCUUGAGUAACGUGGAUCUUGAGUCUUUGGGGUUGGCUGGUGCUCAGACCAUAGCUACAAGCAUUACUGCGGAUGGCCAGCUCAUCAUGACUGGUCCCACCACCUCAACAAGCGAAAACCAGGGAGACAGCAAAUGCACAGAGUCACUUAAUGCCAACGACGAUAACGCUAAUGCCUUUGUGCCAACCACCACUUCUUCUACGACGACGUCGCUCCCUGAGACGAUAGACGGGACUGGCAUUCUCACUCAAGCCACUGCUGUAUCAGCCGGGCAGCAGGAUCCAUCUUACAUCCAGCAGAACCACACGGCUGGUGGUGAACCGAUGGUGCAGCUCUUAACAGCGCAGACGGCGGAUGGAGCGGCACAGACACUACAAAGCGUGCAGCUGUUGAAUGCUGGUACGUUUCUGAUCCAAGCCCAAACCGUCUCUCCCACCGGCCAGAUCCAGUGGCAGACCUUCCAAGUUCAAGGGGUUCAGAACCUGCAGAAUCUACAGCUGCCGGCUGCUAGUGGGGUCUCAUCCCCUCAAAUUACCCUUGCCCCUGUGCAGACCCUUUCUCUCGGGCAAACUGGCACCACGGGCGCAGUGGGACAGAUCCCGAACCUUCAGACAGUCACUGUCAAUUCUGUUGGCCAGUACCAGCAAGACCAGAACGCAGAAAGCCACUCAGAUAUUCAAAUUAAAGAGGAGCCGGAGUCAGAUGACUGGCCAAAUUCCACCCUGAACACCAGUGAUUUGUCACAUCUGCGUGUGCGGUUGGUUGAGGAGGAUAAGGAGGGGACAGGCCUGGAGGGAAAGAGACUACGUAGAGUAGCCUGCACUUGCCCCAACUGCAAAGAGGCUGGAGGAAGAGGUUCAAGUAUGGGAAAGAAGAAACAACACAUUUGUCAUAUCCCAGGGUGCGGUAAAGUAUAUGGUAAGACAUCUCACCUCCGAGCUCACCUGCGCUGGCAUUCAGGAGAAAGACCCUUCAUUUGCUCGUGGAGUUACUGUGGCAAGAGAUUCACCCGCAGCGAUGAACUCCAGCGUCACCGCAGAACACACACGGGAGAGAAGAAGUUUGUGUGCCCAGAGUGCUCAAAACGUUUCAUGCGCAGCGACCAUUUGGCCAAACACAUUAAAACUCACCAGAACAAAAAAGGGCUGAACUCCAACACUGGGGCAAGUCAAACUGAUGCUGCUGCCUCCUCGGACACCAUCAUCACCGGGGGCGGUGCCACUCUCAUCCUCACCAAUCUACAGCAGGCUGGCACCCAGGACCUUCUUUCAAACUCUGACCUCCCGCUCCAGUUGGUCACCGUGUCUGCCAGCGAGGUCAUGGAGUGACCAAAAUCAUGCCCACUUUCAAGCUCGUCUGCUUUUCACUAUCAAUUUUUAUAUAUAUAUAUAUGAUAAAAAAAAAAUUAUAUAUAUAUUAUAAAUAUAUAUAUUUUAAGUGACUUAUCCAUUUAUGUUCAAUAGCAGUCUUUUGUACAAACAAGGCAAAAAAAUGACAUUAAAUGUGUUUCCAGUUUCUACUGAGAGAGACAUGCAUGCACGCACACGUGUAUGCAUCUACAUGCUCAUAUGAACUCGCGCUCAUACACAAGUACAUACACGGAAAUGCCUUAUUUUGUAUCAUAAUCUGUAGUAUAAUAUGCUGGAGUUGCAUGUGUUUUUACUUUAGCUCAUAUAUGUGUUCAGGGGGACGAUCAUUAGAGCGUGUGAUUGUGUAAUGGAGGUUAUGGUACAUGGAAAGCCAGGAUGUGUGUGCGUGAGAGUGUUCUGUGAGAAUGAGAGCAGGAGAAGGACACAGUCUGCUGUGAGGGAGACUUACUCAUGAUCUGUCCAAUUUUAUCCUCCUUCCUCUCGGCUGGCCUUUGUCCAAAUGUGUCUUCACUCUUGCUUCAAUUUUUAUUUGGUGUCAUGUUAGUGGUCUUUGUGCUUUUGUGUCGGUCACAUGUCCUCUGGAUCUUGUCCGAGGAUCUUCUGAUUUCAUUGUUCUGCUACCCACAUGCAACUCAACAAGACAUCAGGUGGCAGAGUAAAACAAUCGUGUAAUAAACAGUUUUUCUUG